AUGUACUCUAUGCGGCCCGAGCAAGUUUUCAAAGCGAGCCAGUUCUUUGAUGGCGAUAUUGAAUGGGACAACGAGGAGAAAGUGAUCGAAGCAAAAUUCGGCAGCAAGUACGAACUCAUAGGAAUCGUGGGAGAAGGAUGUUUCGGUGUGAUACGACCUCAGCUCUGCAUUUGCGAUAUCACUACGGGAUUGGUGACCGUACUUGAUCAAGUGCCCAAAAAUAUCUCCCCAUCAUUUCGCAGAAAUCAAAUUUUGGGUGUCGCUAUUGAACACCCGACUUUCUCUCCGGAUCGGAACAACUCUUGUCUUUUGGCAAAGAGGGCCGAUGGACCGCAUCAAGCAGCGAUGAAAAUGGUCCCGGUG